ACUUCAGACACACACACUCACACACCGAAACGACAGCACAGCUCUCAUAACUCUAUUUAUAACCCCCACCCUCCACCAACCCACCCUUCUUCUCCGGCGACUCCUCUUUACUUUCUCUUAAUCAACAUUUCUUCACCUUACGACUCGUAGGCGUACUCACGUACCAAUCGGUUGAUUUUGAUUUUCUUUUUUCUUUUCACAAGCAAUUAAUUCGAUAAAUCUCGAAGAUGGAAGGUAUCACGACUCGAGUGUACAAAGGCGUUAAAGGAUACUGGCGGAGGAGACGCUACCAGCGCCUUGGCGGGAACAGUCGCGACGAAUCUGGACCUAAACGGCGGAGCCGUUUCUGGAGGAUAAGAAUAACACGGAAGCUGAAACUGAAGUUCAAGUUUCGGUGCUCUCCGAAGAAGUUACUGAUCGGGAUCCGUGACGGUUAUGUGAGGAUGAUGAUGAGAAUGGCGACUUCGUCGGUGGUUACAGGAGGCGGUGGUUAUGGAGACGGUGUAGCGAGGUUUGGAAUGAAACCGGUGAAGGAGUAUGACGAGAAGAUGAUAAUCGAGAUCUACAAAUCGUUGGCGAUGAGGCAAGCUCAAUUUGGUGCCGAUCGAUGUCCACAGAUUACGAUUUCCCGGUAAAACUGCCGGAAACCUUAUCAAACUUUUGCUGUAACAUUAAUUCAAAGCUUCAAGCAACAUAAUUAAUGGAGUAAUAAGUUGUUAAUCAA